AUGCCUCUGAGGAAGAAGCCCAGACGUUCUUCACCGGAUCUACAGGCGACUGCUCGGCGAAGCUCAAAACCUGGCCAUGGUGUUGGUGGCCAUGCUGCACAGCUGCAAAAAGUUGGAGAAACAGUUGCCGCCCCAGCAAGGAAAGGACUGAAGGGUGACAAUCUUCAAAUCAGUAGCUCUGAAGAAAAUCCUAUGGCUCCUUCGCAGCUUCAGAAAGGAAAGAAAAAUCCUCCUGCAAAACAUCGCAGCACUGCCAAGAAAACGCAGAACGAACACAGAACAACAGAAAGCAGCCAGCAUCCUCAGGCUCCUACUUCCCGUCCGAACCCACAUGCGGCUUGCUCUUCCGAAAGGUUCGGAUUCAAGGAACCCCAGUCCAAUGGUUGCGAGAGGGCCAGAGAGGGAUGGCCCAUGCAGAAGGACACACAGUCCAGUGGUCACAAAACGGUUGGACGGAACACGGGUCAGCGAGAUGCAGGUCAUGAGAGGGAGUCCACGGAACCUGGUAGUGGUUGCGAGAAGGACAGGCAGGACACAGAUGAUGACAAGGAGUUUGCGCUCAGCUCUCAUGAACGCGAUGAGUCCGAUGACGGUGCUGACCACAAUGAUGAUUUUGACAGUGGGACAGAGAUGAUGGUCAGUGCACGCGCCAGCGAACGGAUGACACAGGCGAUGCAAAUGAUUUUAACGAAAAUCUGGGUCGACCUUUACCGGAUGAUGAAGCUCAAGGAGAUGCAGAUCCGCAUGAUAAGCUCACAUAUAUGGAGCAGGAUGAAGAACGUGCACAUACUUUCCAUCGCUCAAAAUCCUCUCAUCGAUGCCCAUCCCAGCGUGUUUGUUCUAAAUCUCCUCGCCCAUGCUCUCCCCAACACAUCAGGUGCUCGAAGUCCACUCAUUGAUAUCCAUCGUCUGGAGGAGCUUCUGCUGUUCGAGUGCAUAGACCUUCACCUGCACAUCAUUCCUCUCAUUCAAAGUCUCUGCGUCAACAAUUAUCGCAGCACGACAGAUAUUCACACACAGCCCACCUCUCGUGGACGCCCUCCAUCAUGCUCUCCAUCUGACACUCUUCUAGCUUCAAGCCGUGAAUGUUCUGGUAGUUCUACACCCAAAGAUACUCGUCGAUCUGGAAACAGCAAACGGACGGUCAAGACAAACCAGGAUAACCCUUCGAAGCUAGGAUUUUAUCCGCCCACUUGGCAAGCAUUUCUGCAGAUUGCGAAGUUAGAGAUGCGGUUGCAGGCCGUUCUAGCUUAUCCAAUUCCAGAGUCCCAGGAAGCCCUCAACCUUGCACGAGAAGUCUUGGACACUGUGCUAUGGACAUACCACGAGAAGAAUAUUAAACUUGAGAGAGGUUACUUUCCACAAUACGACACGCAGAUGUGCCGGCUGCUGUGCGAUGAUCUGUUCACAUUCCGCACAGAGCUCAAAAAAAUCAUCAUAUCUAUUGCAAAAAGGGCGUAUAAUAUCUUCCCACAGGGCUCAACAAUGCGAAAGGACGAGGCUCAAAAGCAGGUCACCACAGCUGCCACUAAGCUCCUCAAGAGCGGUGAUUACCUCCGGCUCCCUGACUCGUCUGAUGGAAAAUUCAAGAAUUUUACGGUGCAGGCUCUCAAGGACGCUUGUCUCGAAUUUUACUACAGCAACAGCAAGAAAGCAUUAAAGAACACGGAUGAAUUCCACCGAACAAUCCCUGUCAAUGCUAUGCUUCUUGUAGCAGUAGUGUUGAAGGGUGUUAUCUCUGGCUUUCGUGAGACUGGCACCGACAAGGUUCCUGAUCUAACUGCUGAGCAAUGCAGGACCCACAUCGUCAAUUUACGGAAAUCAGUUGACACACUGCUCGACAUUCCGGAGCAUUGCGAAGAGCUUGAAGACAUGUUGGAGCAAUGGGCUAGGGUUGGCAUGGGUGACUCUGAUAAUGCUCCGAUCGAUGUGCCGUGUUUUUCUUAG